CAUAACAUUAUCUGCUGAAUAACAUCAUGCAUAAACGAUGAUCAGAAUAGCCCUAACUGACUUUAACGCGAGUUGUAAAGGAUGAGUAAAGAUAACGUAUUACACACAAGGAUGCAUUUGUAGGCGGGGCUAGGACUGUCGUGCUUUGGCCAUGUUGUGAACACCCUGCUUUACGUUUCGUGGCUGUGCAAGCGACAGUGCCAGGUUCGUAGGACGGUCGCGCUAUAUAUUUAACUGAAUUGUAAAGAAACUUUACCGGUCAGAUCUCUGUGUAGUGUUUUCAGCAUCUGAAAAUGAUGGGCCAGUUGAACAGAAAGCUGACCCUGUUUGUGCAGAAGUACCGGACUGGGCUGCUGGCAGCAUCUUGUGGGGGGAUAUUCACUGUCAAUAUUUUAUACCAUGUGUUUCCGAAGGAAACCUACAGAAAGCUCUACCAGGCCUGGCACAAAGGGGAGCCGGUCAGCCUUUCAGACAAGCUGCAGAGCACCUUCCAAGAGGUCCUGAAGGAUGCAGGGGUGAGCUCUCCGCAGAGCUACAGUGCAUUCGCAGCGUUUGGCUUCCACCCGGUGGGAGCUGGGAUACCCUGGACCCCUGCCGGUGCUCAUGUUGGCAUCCCUGCCAACUUCAACAGCACUACCGAGGAUGCAGGAGGGAUCACCAACAGGGUGGUCCUGAUAAAUGGGAAAGAAGUGGACUGGGACAGCAGCGCUGGCAGGUCCCUCAAGGAAGCCUUGACCUUUUCCCAGGAGGCGCAGAAAUUCUCUGUUGCGAGAGAGGUCGUUGGUUUGGAAAGCGGGGGUCCUGUCUUGCAUGCAGCGGUGGCUCCGGUGUGCGUUGCUGGCACUUGCUUUUCUGCGGUUGCCAUCAAGCAAAUCUUCAGCCUGUACACUGGUCCUGUGGUACUGCGUGGGCUUCUGAACUUAGCCAUGGCUGCUUCUGGUGCUGCUUGUUACUUUCUCUCGUCUGACGCGGUCAGCCAGUGGCUCGAUUAUAGAUCAGACAGAAAGGCAGCCGGUAUUUCCAAAGCAUACGCCAGAGGCGGUGUCGAGUUUUAUGAUAAAAUUUUGUCCAGAAACAAGAUUCUUCGCAUUUUGAUGGGAAAGAGCGGAGAGGAGAUGUACGCCCAGAGUGGCAACUUGUUCCCCACGCACUGGAUCAGAUUGAAACAUGCGCCGUACACAUCCAGAAAAGCAGCGAUCGUCAGCCUUUUAGAAGAGCAGAAGCAGUAAGAGAAGAAAUAUGCUAUAGACUUCCAUAUAGAAACAUUGCACAUGAAUGUGCCUUUAUAUUGAGUAAGGAAAAGUUAACAUGUGCUUGACUUCCAGGGAAGAUGUGGAUUUUAAUAGCCACCAAGUAAGUGGAACCUCAUUGUUCCACACAAGCGAUUCUUUGUCUACUUUCAGUUUUAAAAACAACACACACUGAUGUUUGUUUGUUUGUUUGUUUUUUUAUUUAUUUGUUUUUAUUAGAAAUGCACAAAAGGUGUUAAGGAACAAGCCACCAAGCUAACACGUAUUUCUAGUUUUUCAACCUGAAUGUCCAUUUCUGGAUCACAUGUGAUGCAAUGCUCAGCCACCGCUCUAUAUUAUUAUUUUUUAAAUCCAGCCUUAUAAGACAGAAUUUUUCAUAUGAAAUACAUUAUGUGUUUCGGGAUGAAGGG